CAGGUCUUCCUUUACUCGGUGGCUUACCCUAUGUCAAAUAAAAACAUCGCCAUCACACGACAGUAAAGGAGCGAAUCAUAUACAUCCACAACCAACUGCUGAAAUAAGAAAAACAGUAAACGAAGCUUCUAUUAUACUAUAUAAUCCAUCCACCAAACUAAAUAUAACAGUAAACGAAGCUUCGAUUAUACUAUAUAAUCCAUCUAUAUAAUCAAUCUACCAAACUAAAUAUAACAGUAAAAGAAGUUUCCAUUAUAUAAUUGAAUCCAUCUACUAAACUAAACCGCUUAUAGCAUACAUAGCAUGAUAGUGCCUUAUACCAUUAGAACCAUCAGCAAAACCAAACCCAAGACAUGUCGAUUAAAACGGGCCCCACUUCCGGCACGAAAAUCAAGAAGAGUGUCUCCAUCAACCUCUCAGGUACCGGCAUUCACUAUACCAGCAGCAAGGGUUCAAAGACCAACAUCCGCAGCCGUCAGAAGAUCCCCGAACCCACACCCCCCAAGACGUCCGCCGACUAUCUCCUGAAGAGGUCGCUGUCGGACGUUCGCAAGAAGGACCGGCUGCCGCCGCUUAAGAGGGAUUCGUUCCAGGACAGUCAGGAUCGUCGCACUUUCCAGAAAGGCUGGCCGGACGACAUGUACGUGGACCGACAGCUGCAGAUUUUGAGGUCGCCGUCGCCGAGUCUCAUUAACGCCGCCUUGAUAGAGUCUGGUCACAUGGUCAAGUUCUCUGAAGAAACUGAAGAGCCCAAGAAGAAAGAGAAGCGUCACAGGAAGACAAGUGAUUCAGGUUCCGAUGGAUCGGAUGAUUCUAGAGAUGGAGACAGUUCUGUAAGCGGGAAGCCAAAAAAACAUAAGAGGCACAAAAAGUCAAUUUC